AUGCCGUUUUCAAAGAAGAUUGGGAAUUACCAGUUCAUUCAGACAAUUGGAGAAGGAAGUUUUGCAAAGGUGAAGUUGGCAAUAAACAUGGGGAAUAAGCAAUAUGUUGCGAUCAAGAUCAUAGAUAAACAAAUGGUGAUGAAACUCAAUCUCAUGCAUCAGGUGCUACAAGAAAUUAGGACGAUGAGGCUUCUACAUCACCCCAACAUUGUUCGUAUACACGAGGUAAUUGGAACGAAGACCAAAAUUUACAUUGUGAUGGAAUACAUAUCCGGUGGUCAACUUUCCGACAAGAUGUCAUAUUUGAAGAAAUUAAAGGAAACAGAUGCAAGAACAUAUUUUCAGCAGCUAAUUGAUGCAGUAGAUUAUUGCCAUAGUAAAGGAGUAUACCACAGAGAUUUAAAGCCACAAAACUUGCUUAUAGACAGCAAGGGAAACCUUAAAGUUUCUGAUUUUGGACUUAGCACAUUGAGAAAGCCAGGAACCCUGCUAUCCACCUCAUGUGGUUCUCCAAGCUAUGCAGCACCAGAGCUGCUUUCCAGUAAAGCCUACGAAGGAGCGGCUGCAGAUAUUUGGUCGUGUGGAGUAAUUCUUUUUGAAUUACUGGCUGGAUAUUUACCCUUCAAUGACAGUAAUCUAACAAGCUUGUACAGAAAGAUAUAUAGAGCAGAAUACAAAUUUCCAGAGUGGUUCACAACAGACCAAAAGAAGCUUAUCUCCAAGAUACUAGAACCAAAUCCAAUUAAGCGAGUGACAACUGCAGAAAUUUUAGCAGAUCUGUGGUUUCAGACAGAUUAUGAGCCAGUGAUGCAUAUAAAAUCUGACGAAAAUAUCAAAACGGAUGAUUUUCAGGCAGUUUUUGAUAUAAUAAAGGGAACUGAAGCAGAAAUCAAGGAUUCCCAGCCCACAAGUUUUAUAAAUGCUUUCCAGCUGAUAGCAACAUCACAAGACCUAGAUUUGUCUGGCUUAUUCGAAGAACAGGAGACUGAGAAACGGAAAACAAAACUUGGAUCUAAGCAUACUAUCAGUGAAACAGUACAGAAAAUCGAAGCUGCUGCUAAGGAUGCAAGCCUGUCAGUGGAAAAAAUAAACACCACAAAGAUGAGAAUGCAUCCAACAAAUAAGAUGGGAAGGCGUUCCAAAUCAUGCUUGGACCUGGCAGCAGAGGUAACUGAGGUGGCGCCGAAGCAUUGUGUUGUACAGAUAUCCAAAUCUGCUGGAGAGCUGAAAUUGUUCAAAGAGUUCUGCAAGAGUUUAUCAAGUAUGCUAACAGAGGAAUCAUGUAUUUCAUCCCAAGUCAAUGAAUUGUGA